AUGGCUUCUUCGUCAUCGAAUGCCUUGGCCGGAAACGACACCGAGUCUUACGAAGACCCUUCUUUUUCCUUGUUUGACAUUCCUGUCCUGGUGCCCGUGACAGUAAUCUGCAUCCUUUUGUUUUUCUUGGGCGUUGCCGGGAACGUGACCAUUAUACUCAUUUUUACACGGUACAAGGAGAUGCGCACGACGGUCAACAUGUAUCUGUCUAGCAUGGCCUUGUCCGACAGUCUGAUCUUUGUCGGCUUGCCGUCCGAUCUGUACAGGAUUUGGAAAUACCGCCCGUACAUCUUUGGCAACUUCCUUUGCAAGUUUAACAUUUACCUCAGUGAGACCUGCACGUACUGCACCAUUCUCCACAUCACCACGUUGAGCAUUGAGAGAUAUUUCGCCAUCUGCUUCCCUCUGAAAGCAAAAGCCGCCAUCACCAGACGGCGGGCCAGGGGCCUCAUUCUCCUCAUCUGGGUCUGCUCCUCUGUGACCGCCAUGCCAAUCUGGUUCCUCUUUGGCGUGGAGCACCGCAACGGAAGCCUGCCGGAGGAGACGAACGAAUGCAGAUGCAUCGAGCACGCAGCCCAUUCGGGACUCCUCGAAACCAUGGCCUGGCUUUCCACGCUCUAUUUCUUCCUCCCUGUGUUUUGCUUGGCGCUGCUCUAUGGUCUGAUAUGCAGGAAGCUUUGGAGGACUGCCCAUGGCCUGGAAGGGCACCAGGCCGCAACCAGAGAGAAGCACCACCAGCAGACCAUCAAAAUGUUAGCAGUGGUCGUGGUGGCGUUUGUGCUCUGCUGGCUGCCGUUGCACGUCGGCCGGAUCCUUUUCGCCCAAGGCAGCCUCGUCCUCUACGAGCUGACCCAGUACUUCAACCUCAUCUCAAUGCUGCUCUUUUACCUGGGCGCCUCGGUCAACCCCAUCUUGUACAACAUCAUGUCGGAACGAUACCGGAAGGCCGUGUGCAGGUUUCUGAAACACGGGCAAGGUCGGCAGUCCCGACACUUCCACAGGAGUGACAAGGCUUCCAGGGAAGGUGUGGAAAUGAGUUCGUUCACCGGCAAGCAUUUUUAUGGGUGA